AUUAUACAAAUAACUUUCAACUCUAGAUGAUUUUGUAAGGCUUGUCUUUAGCAUGCAAGGGGUGAUGUUCAUUAACGUGGGGGAGGGGCGAGGAUUCCAAGGCAAAUAAACUUGUGGAUGUCUAACCCUUGACUUUGUUUAGUCACGGUGUGUGCCCUGAUCAGUGUACCUGUGAUGGUUUGACAUGUACUUAUUCUCACUAAUCAGAUUUAAAGAAUAUGAAUUUGCAAACAAAACACAGGCUGCCACUUAUUAAAUCUUAAUGAAAUGUCUACAACUUGGUUCAACACUUGAAACCAUUGCCCAGUAAAAAUAAACAAAUAAUCCUAAACUAUUGAACUUUGUCUUACUUCAGCUCAUUCCCAAGUGGAAAAAUCUUGAAUUUAAGUCUUAAAGUUUCUAUGUAUUAGAUUCUCUUUUUCAUGGUAGCUGGGUUAAACCUUGUCAUAAACUAGAAACUGAAAACCUAAAAUGUUCAAUUAUUAAUGACUGAAACUCUUUAAACAUAAAAUUUUUAAACCUAACCGCAUGUUUUCAUUACCCUGUUAGCUCUAUCACAAACCUCAUAACACAGUAGUGGGGUUUAACAAGUUUUGAAGACACUACUCUCUUGAAUUAUUGGCACGUUUUGCUCCUCGAGAUGGGGGAUUUCCCUCUGAAUGGUUUGGGCGACUUCACGGGCAAGGCCAUGGCUGGUGACUUGGAUGAUGGUCUCUUCUACGGAACAGCUACAGCACAGAAUCAGCCCCUGGAUAAUCAACUCCUCAACCAGAACAGUAAUAGACCUUUGCUUCUGACAUUUUAAUCUUGGUUAAUUCCAUCUUAGGUUCUCAAUAUUAGCCAUGAAACAUGUUACAGGCUUCUUUAAAUAAACGUGUUGCAUUUAACAUUGUUAACCUAAAUAAAUUCAAAACAACUCAUUGCUACUAUAACUAAUGGCAGGGCUGUUGUUUUGGUUCUGUCAAAACAUGCCUUCAGAGACAAGAUUAUUUUAAAAUACAAUUUGGUUUUCCUUUAACCUUUGAUAAAGCCUUGAAGAAACUAACUUUCAAGUUUGCAAAUAAUUUAUUUAGUUUUGAAACAAAAUGUUUGAUGCAAGACAACCAAUAGUCACCUUAAAAUUGAUGCAGGAGUUGACUCAGCAAGGGUUUCAAUUAUAAGUGAAUGAAAUCAGUGGUGUAUUGGUUUACCGACACCAGCUGACUGAACUUGUAACUUGUAGACAAAGUGUAAAUGAGAUACAACAGAUAUCCUGUGCACUAAAUGGAGUUUGACAAUUUUAAAAGGUGUGGGGUUGUAAAAUGUAAUUAAGCCUUUUCCUGUGUCAUUGUGACACAAUUAACAUUGGUAAUCAUUAAGCCAGAGUCUGAAGUUAAUUUGAAAUCUGCUUCUUUCAGUUCUGUUUUAACUUAAUUCCUAAACAUCAAAUUAUAUUAUUUAGUCAAAUAAUGGUUAUUAAAUUUAUUAUUAUAAUUAGUGUUUUCCUGUAGUUCACCAAAAUCAGACAUGUGAAUACUGUGAAGUGGAAGAGCAGUAUCCCCAUGAGGUUUUUUCUUUGGUUAUGGGUUUGAAGAGAAACUAUACGCUUGGUUAGGUCAAGAGAUAGGAGAGUGUUGAGCUUCAAGUAGGUGCAAAGGGUUUCCCUUUCUGCCAAAUGAUCAAGCUCACUGGGAAGCUUUCUUCAAUUGCUAUGGAUAGGUCUCCUUUGGGAGUGUGAAUAGACGUCAGUGGGACAAUUCCAUUAUUCUGUUAAUUAUGCCAUGCUUUUCAAUAAAGUACAUGUAGGUUGAAAACUAAAGAAAAGUGUUGAAGGUGGACAAAAGACAAUGGCCUUGCUUGUGGCUUGUGAAUAAUUUAAAAAGAGUGGUUAACAAAAGCCAUGUGUUGUUUUUUGUGGUUAUCCUUUAAUUUGGCCCUGUUUAAAUGCAAGACUGGAGUGCAGCUUGCUCAGCAAAGUUGCUAAGCUGCAUUUAAUGCAGUUGCAUUUUUAGUUUUGGCUUCCAUUAGUUUUCAUCUACAUGUUAGUCAGGCUUUGUUUGCAUGUUAUUUCAUGGUUUGUGAACUCUAAGAAUUUGAUGCAAAUUUUCACAGACUAUGACAAGGUGAAUGAAGGUGUAAGUGGUGUAAAGAACAGUCUUAAAAGUCCAUAUUGGCCACAUGAAUCUGGAAUAUUUGUAGUUUUCUGGUGAAAUGUAAAAGCUGUAUAAGCUAAUGCAAGUACAGAGCAAUAUGAGCUUAAACUAGCAAUCACAAAAUAAUCAUUGCUAGGAACAAUGCUCCUGCCAGUUAUCUCUGUGCAUUGUUCUGUAACUUGCUUUUAAUUUUACUUAAUGUUUGAGUUGAUUUUUCAAAGCCACACAUUAACAACUUUUAUCAACAUGUAUUUGUUUAAGUUUUUCAGCAGCUUUGCUUUGUUAAAUUGUUGGAGUGCAUAUGAUAUUUUAAUUGCACCACACAAUAAGUUGCUUUGUAUUAGAGCAAGUUUAAUCUACAUGCACGUAAUUAUCUGAUUUCUCAAAGUAAAGUGUUGUUUAUAGAAAAACGAAAUAAUGUUUGUGAUUAGUUUAGCUGUGGUUUAACAUUCUUUCUGUAAUUGAAGGUAAAUAUGAGUUAAUUGGGCUAAUAUUAUCUUGCUGGUUCAUGCAUUUUAUUGCUGCUAAUUGCUGUUGAGUAAUUAUAUGCAUAGUUCUUGGUCUUUCAUUUCAAAUGACAAAGAUGGAGAAAUAGAGAUAAUCAAUGCAAUGAUGACUCAUUUAGCUCAUUCAUUCCCAAGUAACCAAAACAGAGUUCAUAAAACCACCUCAAUUUGCCUUAUGUAAAAUUUCAGAAUCAUAUACAGUGGUAUAGUUCCAUAUGAAAGUACUAUGCAUAAGUUUUAUUCUUGUAAGAAUAGAUGCAUGAAAGAAUUUGGCCUCAGACUCUAGCAUUAAUCAAAACUGAAUUUCAUGUCAUGAUCAAUGAAUGACUCUGGGACACAAUUCAGAUGCAGGUUAUCAACGUGCUUAGUUUUAAACAAUAAUUCUUAAUUACAAGUGGAUACUUGAAAUCUGUUGACUAAAAGCAUUGUUUUUGCUUAUCUGUUGACUGUUCCAUUUUACAGUACUUUAAGUAAAUAUUGAGUGUGAAUGUUUUGGAUCAUGAAAUGCAAAUUGAAAGCUACAAUGUUUUUUUAGGUGCUGGUAUGAGCCUGAGCAUGGAGCGGCAUAUUCAACAAACAAAUGAGAGACUACAGUGCAUAAAACAGCACCUUUCCACACCCCAGGGGUUUCAGACCUCAGCGAGGGAACUGCUUGAGUGGUGUGGAGAUGUACGAGCCUUCCAGCGAGCUUUUGAAAGCAACUUAAUGGGAUGUCUUACAGUAAGUAUCAAAAUGUUCUAGAAAUUAAAGUUUGGUUAGUCUGAAGUACUUAGAAGUAUGUGUUACACAUUUGCUCAGUAUGUGUCUCGCCCUGUACAUGUAAGUACAAAAAUGGGAAGGUAAUGGGAGGAGUGGGAUGGGAGAUGACGGAUGCAAAAGUUGUAUCCCUUUAUGUCCCCUUUCCCCCUCCCCAUUUUCUUUUUUCCCCAAUCCUUGCUAACACCUGCUGUGAAGCAAAGGAGGUUAAUGAAUGGAAGGUGCGAUCCUCAUGUUCAAUUCUUUCCUUGGUUGCACACUGAAUGACAUUUUCUCAGAGAGGGACACCUGUCCAUCUCCACAUGCAGCUGUGCAGCAUCAAAGGUGCUCUGUGCUUUCCACUUUAGUCUUGUGCUUUUUUUUUUAAAUUCUUCUACUUCAAAUUUUAUGGAGAACCCAGCUGGUGAUGUUGAUACCAAGUUCUCGCUUUGAUGCAACAGCAUUCACUGGAAAAGUUGAAAGGAUAACCUGGCAAUUUAUCAGCAUGUCAUUUCUAUUCUUUUCAUGACAAAUACAGUAGAGACAUAAACAAGUGUUCAUGGCCAGUCUGAAAAUGUGAAUGAUUUAUCAUUGUGGCUAUGUCUUCUCAGGUUGUGAGCCAAGUUGCAGCAAAUCCUGGUUAUGAUUUGGAUUUAGGUUAGUUUACCAUGUCUCUCAUUUGUUAUUUACCAACAUCACAGUUACCUGCAUACCAGUAGUAUAUGUCUCUGCACCCUUUGUUAGUAGUAUUAUACUUAUUAAAUACUUUUCUUGAAAAUUUAAUAAUCUACAGACUGAAAUACUCUGAGCAUAAUUCUAAGGACUGAAAUUUUUUCAAUGAAAGUAUAAUAUUUAUACCUUUAAGGCUGCAAAUUUGGUUAAUUUUAGAGAAGUUGGCAUAAAAUGUUGCAUAAUAAAGUUGCUUUCAAAAACUGAGUCUCAAAGUGCAACAUGUACUAGACCAGUUGUCUGCCUUGAUAUAUAUCUACAUGGAGUUUGUGCAAGUCUACUGGACUUGCGAGUUCUGCUUGAAAAAUGUUGUUGAAAGUAAAUUAUUGUUAAUUUUUAGGAUAUAGACUGUUGGCAGUUUGUGCUGCUCAUAGGGACAAGUUUACAACGAAAUCAGCAAGUAAGUUUGGAUUUUUUUAAAUACCUAUUGGUGUAUUCCUCAUGAGGUUAAUUAGAUGAAUGGGUCAUCCAUGUCUACUUCUGUCUCAAAGUGAUGCAUGCUACUUUCCUUAACAUUUGGUAUUUGUUGGCAAUGAGCGGUUCACACGUGUGUUACCAACAAUUUCUUUUCAAAAACAUCGUAUUCCAUGACGUUGGUGAGAAAACUGAGUUUGAAAUAAAGUGAAUCAGGGCCUCGAAAAGGUCUCCUGUGUUAAACAGGGUAAUGAAGUGAUCAAUUGUCUUAAACAGGGUCAGGGUUUGAAGGCGUCAUUGGUACACUCCCACCCCCCCUCUGGAGAGAGCUUUACACUCGCAUGAAUUGGCUGUUAAGAGACAGCAGUCUGAAAGGAACUUACAGUUAUGUUUACACAAGUCAAAAGAGAUAAUUAUAUGUAAAAGCAAUUAAGUGUUUGGCUGGCCAGUUAGAGCGUUUGGUCUUUAAGAGAAAUUUCCUUGUUGACUUCUUAUACCGAAUCUGUUUGGCCAACCCACAUGUAAAAUAUGCAAUUUCAACCACAAUUUCUGAAGAGCCUUUACAUUCAGGUAGACAGCACCCAAGUGUGGCCAAAAAAAUUAAUGAGCAUACAUUUUUGAAUAUGUAAAUUCUGCAUUUAAGAAAAACUUAAGUUGCUUUGUUAGUGAGAAAUAUUGCUGUUGGAAGCAUGCUUUGUUUAAUCAUCAUUUCUUUGUGUUGUGUUCAAAAAUGAACUAUGAGGCAUGCGGAGAGGGUAGAGUGAAUGGCCAUCAAAUAUUCUCCAAGUGCCAUCACAUGAGAGCUUUAAUUGAUCAGUGGGGUAACAAACAUGUUCAAUACUGCACAUUGAUAACCCUCUAAAUGCCAGUAAUAUUUAUUGUGUAUGAACUUUUUUUUGUUUUUUGUUUGAUUUUGAAUGGAUCAAAGUGUAUGUUUUUCUCAAAAAACUAUUCAAAUGAGCUCUCAAUUAACCAGCAAUGACAUUAUUUAUAUUUUUUCUUCUGUGAACACUUGAAUCUAAUAUUGCACUUAUAUUGGGCUUUUGAUAUUCACAGCUAUGUUAGGAGUCUGGUGUGAAGAUCUUGGUAGACUUUUGUUGUUGCGACACCAGAAGCAAAGGAAUGAUACACAGAAGACAGGGGGAUACCCCACAGGGCCAGCUAACAAGCUAACACAAAUGAAUCAAAUGAACCAAGUCAACCCGUUAAAUCAGCUUCCCAGCAAGUAAGUCAGUGGUUUCAUGACUCUUCUCAUUCAUGCUAAUUGUAGCUUGUAUUACAUGAAGCUUGUGUUAAUAUUUCCACAUCAUUUGAAUCGCUUUUGUGUUCCAUUACCUUUCUUAGUAUUAUAAUUAUAGGACUAAUCUUAACAACUAUCAUUUUGAUGAUUCAAGGAACGACACUGUACACGUAUACACAAGCUUUCUCUAAAUUUAUAAAUAGUUGCUUUCUACUUCUAGCGGUUUAGCGUAUUAUGCAUAGAGCUGAUUAAUGGCCUGGGUUUUGUAGCUUUGCUUUCAAACUCAAAAGAGUUGAUGUGAAAUGCAUUGGUGUUCUUAUGAACAUUAUGUUAAAUAGAGUCAGUUACAACUUUCUGAAAGGUGCCCAGUGUAAAAUCUAAUAUGUACAGUCUUGCUGCUGUAUUUCUGGGAAACAACAUGCAAGUUUCCUGUUUCUCGAGAAGAUCAUUGAUUUUACUCAUUACCCAACUUAUGUUAAACUAAGAAUACCAUCUUAUAGCUUUCAUACAUUUUUAAUAGUCUAAUGCAUUUAGAUAAUUGUUUGUUAGGGUAUUGUGAAGUUGGAAAGAUUGCUGUUUUCUCAUAAAACUUUCUUACCCAUGGACAUGUGUAGUUAUUUAUAUAGGUUGACAAUAAAAUUAUUUCGCUUUUGUAGUUAAUUCAGUUUAAUUUGCUGAAGGUCAUGCAGAAUCUAACAGCACUGAAAUUAUUGUGUUGUUUUGUUGGCACCUUACUUUAUGAUCACAUAUUGAUACUUUGAAUAUGUCUCUUGUGUGCUCAUAUCAUGCUCAUCAAGAUUUGCAAAGUUAAUUCUAUAGCAUGAUGACUGUUCAUUGAUUCUGACGUCAACAAAGUAUUGUAGCAACACUUUACUAUUUAUUUUAGCUACCAGGAUGGUAUUUAACUUACCCUGUGGCUUUUAUAAUGUUUAAUUCACCUCUGGGCAGAUGUUGUUGUUAAUAUUGAACAAUAUGAUGCUGUAAUUUAAAGAUUCAUUUUUAUCAUGUGAUGGGCGGAAUGCCUUAAUUGCCCCAGUAAUUUCACAACAGGCAAAAAAAUGAAUAUUCUCCACACUGCUUUACAUGACAUUAUUAUUUUUUAAAUGUGAUUAGAUUUUUAAAUGGAUUAUGUAGAAAUUUUUGCUGUGAAACCUGUGUAAUAUUGGUGUAACAUAUUCUUUCAUGACUCUUAAUGUACCUUAACAUAGUGUUCCAAUAUUCUUAGAAAAUAUUCGUUAGACUCCUUUCUCUGUGUCUUAGUUGUGUUAUAAAUCUUGGAUGCUUAGUGGUGAAGGUCAUUUUCUUUUUUUCUAAUAAUCUGCCCAUAAUUUUGUGGCUCCAUACUAUUUCAUGUACAAUGUUGAAGGUGCAUUUUCCACAGAGGUAUGGUAGAAGUUAUUUGGGUACUAAUGCUAUCAAACUAAUUCGCUGUUGUUCAACUCUGAUAACUUGUUUUCAGUGAAAAAAAUUGAUACAACUGUUAGUAAGUGUUACACGUAUUGAAGGCUUUUUUUCCAUCAUUAACUGAAGCAGGGGACAUUUCCAUUGGUUUGAUUUAUCUGUUUUUGAAGCUCAAAAUAUACCAGAUUUAAUUUUGCCUUUGCAUACAGUCUGUUAGCAUCUGAAGGCUAGGUGUUCUGGCAUUUGUUAGCAUUAUUGCAGGAUCUGUUUUGUGUAUUCUUCUUUUCGCAUUUAAUAACAUUUAAUUUUAUAUUUUCCACAAGAUUUACGGGCCAGAGAAGAGUUGUAAAUAUUAUUAAAAUACUGAUAAUUCAGGAGUUCCUCAAUUUCUUUAUGUGAUGUAAAAGACUAGUUACCGUUACCCAUAACAUAGUUCCAAAAUACACUGUGAUAUUUGUUUUAAGUGGCAGUAAUUAGGAGUUUAGCCACUUACCUUCUGAACACUCUGUUAUAUUCUAUUAAUGUUAUUAUCAGUCAGGAAGUUUUGACUUUUUGGCUCUUAGGUUGAGGGGAAUAUUACAAAAGAAACGAAUUAUUCAUCCCUAAGUCUCAGUUUGAAUGUUUUUGUUUCAUACCCUUUAGCCUUGGAGCCUAAUUAAGAACUGAAUUAACUUGAAACUGGCCUAUUUGAAUGAUUAGGGGAUGAUCAGAUACUAGCCUUUCUUGUCCAUGUAUGAUGAAUUCCUUUAAAAUAAUAUAGAUUAUCAGUGAAGUGUUUGUUUGGGCUGUUUAUUGUUCCAUGGGAGCUUUCAAUUAUUAUUCUUAUUUUUUCAUUUUUAAACCUUAAGUCAUGGAAAAAAAUGGAGAAAGCAGAAAGCAUUUAAAUUACCUUGAUUUCCAACAUCUCCCCUGCAGAAAGGAACAAAUAGUUAAGUAGUUAUUGGAAGAGAGGCUAUUUUCCCUCAGCCAGGGUUUUCAAUAAGAGCCGGUGGCUUUGCCGCAAGUUUUUUCCUUCUCCACCUUUUCCAAAGCUUUUGCCACCUGCAUAGAAUCUUGUUGAAAAGCCUUCUAAGCUGUAAUUAUAUCACCAACAAGUUAAAUUAAGUUUGAUCAUCAUCGUCAUCAUAGUUUAGAAAAUUUUGGGGGUGCAAGGCAAUGUCAUUUGAUGUGAUCACCUUUUAGCAUAAUGCUGAAGGGAUAUUCCUUGAUUUUAACCUAAACUCAGAGGAGGAGCGAAUAGUAUCCCAUGAUGCAUUUAUCCAGAGGCAUUACGCAAUAUCGCAGUCAUGGCAGAUUCCAUCGUGAAAUAAGGUCAUUUUCUCGUCGCCUUUUUUCUCAUUUGUGUUCCAGGAAAAGUAAGAAAAUUGCAUUAUUUUGUUAUUUGAUAUGACUUCUCCGAUUUGCAAUGGCUUAAGAGCGAAAUUUCCACGUAGAAACAUUUAUUUUCAUUGUUUCACUUAGUCUUCUUAUCACAAAGUGUUCAGUGACCCACAACAAGGUCAUGAAUAUUCACGAUUUUUUGGAUUAUGUGUUGAAGUCUUCCAAGUGUGGACCUCGCGCCGGCAAAUUGAGGUCCUGAAUAUUGCACAGGCUAAGAAGUACCCAGAAGUACCCACAUUUUGAAGACUUUUUUAUCGAGCAAAGAUGGCUGAAAUUUCGUAUCUUUUAUCACAUUUCAACGCCAUGUGUGAUAAUAUAUGUGUUGUAUGUGUAAAGCCUGCUGAAGGCUACAUCUGUUGGGCGCUUUCGAGAGCACUUUAUGCCGAAGCAAUCACUUUGUAUUUUCAUAGUGGUUAUUUUUAAAAGGAAUUUAACUAUAAUUAUUUUGAUUAGAACAAGGAGCGGCAAAUAUUACCGUGUGUUUCAGUGUGAUAGGAACCCAGACAAAGGUGCCACGCAGCAUGCAAGCGGCACAACGAGGCACAACGCUAAACAAGCCUGCUCAGAAAUUGAAAAAAAAUAUAUCAGAAACUUUAUUUAUUCAAAAGAACAGAUCAGUAUUCUGGCCAGGAAAUUUCCUUGAAGAUUGCGUGAGUCAGUACCGGGUAGAUUCAGAGGAUUGUUUGUCGCAUCGAUAGGUUAAAUUUUAUUUGUAACUGCAGUUGUAAAUUGAGCUCCUUUGAGCGCGAUGCUGAAAUAAAUCCUCCUUUGGCAAUUACCUUCACAGCGUAGCGGCUGUUUUGUUGGAGCCACUUUUUAAAUCAGUCAUGGUUUUGGUUCUCCUGGUGAACCUUUCAGUUGCCAAGUCUCAUACUUUGUGUUUGUGGUUGCGACCGAGCGCACAAGUUGUUCUUGACAAACGCUGAAAUUCUUCUUUAAAGCACAAUGAAUAUCUGCUAACUCAAUAUUCUCAAAAGCAGAAGCUGCUGAACCGAAACAUGUUUGGAAACCAUACACAUCGAGCACUACGAUGUUCAUUACGCGCGCGCUGAAGAGUAGUGAUCAUGAUAUGUCACGUACGCAGUGAUCUCUGAGUGAUAAUAUAACAUGAAACGAGGUGCAUCACGGGAUACUAUUCGAUCGUCGUCUGACCUAAACUGGGACCUUGUGUUUCAUGUGCAUGUAUGCUUGUGUACGAAUGUAAAGCUGCAUGUCUUACCACAGUGCCCUGUUUAACAAUAGUUUUUGAUUUGUCAAAGAAAGGGCAUUUAUUGAUGCUUAGAUGAUUGAUGUUUAUUUUAACUUCAUAGAAUAAUCUUUUAAACAGUUACCAAAAUUAAUAAACACACUGAAAUUAUAACAAAAGCUCCAAGGUACAAAUAGUGGAAUUAACAGAACUUUAUAUUACAUUUUCCAUGCCUCAAAGUUUAAUGUAGCAGUGAAAAGAACUUUUAGUAAUGUAAUUGGCAGAAUGCAUGUGUGCACAGCUUUAAGUGCUGUAGAUAACAUGCACAUGUUGAUUGCAGUAGCUAUAGCUGUGAUCAUGUCUUUUUGGACAUUUUAGAAACAUUUACAAAACCAUGUUUGACUAUUUUCAGUGAUGCAUCAACUGUGAUGUGGCCACAGACCACUCAAGGCCAUGGUCAGCAACAGCCUUCCGUAUCAGUUGUGACAACAGUAUGGGGCGUCACUUCAUCCAUGACAAAUGGAACAGCAAACAUGACACAUGACCCAAAUAAUCCUGGAAUACCUACAACAAAUACUGUUAACUCUGUGGGACAUCCUUAUCUCUCAACCUCAGCAAAUCCAAAACAAUAUGCUCAAUCAGGUGAAUGAAACUCUGUUCAACUGUCUAUUGUUUAUAGUUUUUGUGCACACACCCUUAUCAAGGAGUUUGUCACAAGUUACUUACAAGGCUUAAGCCUUAGAGUUGCAGUUAACAUGAUGGCAUGCAAAAUUGGGGUUUAUUCUGGAGUGCAGCAUUGCAGUAUUUCUGCGAUUACAAAAAUACAGCCACGAGAAAUUUAUGUAAGUGAGAUGAAUAAAUUGCUGAAAUGGCUGGCACAAAAAUCAGUAAAUACUUUUAGAUAUGUGGAUCUACAUAAAAAAAAGUAGGAAUGAGUAUUGUGAUCACAUCUUUCAAGUUGUGACGUAGAGAUCCUUAAAAAUUUAGUAGUGCAACUGAAGGCAAAUUUACAAGUUGCUUGCUUUGGAAAUAACCCAACUGUAGAUGCAGUUAUCAGAACUUGCUGAAAUCUAAUUAAUUGAAGCAACAGUUAAAGUAAUGGAAUUAAAUGACAAUAAUAAAAACAAUAGAUGGAUAAAAGAGUGUAUAGAUCAAAGAGGGCAGAAUGAUUUCAUUAAGAUCCUUUGUCUUUCAAAGGUCAGUUGACUUGGAAAUGAUUCUCCAGAUGUCUUAACUUACUUGGCUCACAGAUGCCAAGCAUCCAUAUGUAUUUGUCAUGGUAAACAGGGAAUCAAAUCAGCAUACUUUCAUUUCCAAACAAGUAAACAAAAUGAUGUUUUUUUUCUCUAGGGGGAUUUCCUUCAAGACCAGGAAGCAGGCUUCCACAAGAAACAACGCCCACAGCAGCUCAAUACUUCCAGCGGCAACACAGUUACCCUGCUGGUGCGGGCUCCACACCAAGUGUACCUCCGGGAAGUAGCCACUACUAUAACCAGCAGAGUUCAGUCCCCCCUAAUGCAUCCCCAUUCCCACAAGCAGCAGCCAAUCCUGCAGCAGCUGCAGCUGCGGCAGCAGUUGCAGCAGCUGCUGCUACAGCAACUGCAACUGCUACUGCAACAGCCACUGCUGCUCUUCAAGAUCAGCAGCAAAUGGGUAUGUUUCUAAAAUUUAUUCUGACUUUUGAAUCUCUCUUUCGCAGGUUUGAGGUUUUCUUCUUUAGUGGUAGUUUCUUGGUGUCGCAGAUGGGUGCAAUCACCAAAUGAUGCAAUGCAAAAGAUUCAAAACAUACCGAGCAAUACCCAGCAAACACCAAGAAACAACGAGCAACACCAAGAAACACCCUCAUUGAUGGGCUUGUCUUGAAAGGUGUUUGGUAAAACAAGGGGUUGCAUUAUGUGCUCCCUAAACUGUUUUGUCUUUGAAAAUUGGGAUAAUUUUUUUCUAUUUCUUUCUCCAGGGGAAUAUGGAUUCUCGCCAGGACAAAACCAGUAUCCUCCAAACCAAGCUAAUCACCCGCAGCAUCCGCCACCCCCUUAUCAACGUAGUAAUAGCUUCCCUCAGUAUCAGCAACCCUUCACACAACAGCAGCAACCCGGAGCUCAGCAGGGAAUGCAGAAAGCUGCACCUGGAAUGACACGGGCACAAUACAUGCAGGAGAUGAUGAUGAGAAGGCAGCAGCAGCAACAGCAACAUAUGCAGCAGCAGCAACAACAGCAGCAAAUGCAGCAGCAUUAUAAAGGACAGUAUCCUGGGCAGUAUGGGGUAAGGCUCAGUGCAAGAUUUUGUUAUUAAAUGUUUUCAUCGUGAAGGUUGCGUGGCACCAGUUGUGACAUUCUUUGUUUACUUGAACAAAAACAGUAAUGCCUAAAGAUGUUGAAUGUUGGGAUGUGUAAUUGUGAAACUAUUCUCUUAUCAUUAUGCAGCUGCUUGUUUGCAUGUGACAUCAGGGUGGCUAUUGUUGGUGGCCAAGAACAAAAGCAUUACUCUCCUCCGGGAACUAAACUCUAUUUUCAUGUAAAUUCUGUGAGAAAAAAUUCUAUUGUAUCGACCCGCAACAUGGCCGCCUUGUUUCGUGGUUGCAAACCAAGGGUACACUACAGUUGUUUUUACCUCUUUAAGGCAUGGAGUGAUCAGCAUCAAGGUUCUCCCUCUGAUAUCAAUUCUUGAUAGAACAAAUGGGUGACAAGGAGUUGGAACAUGAUCACACAAGAUAAAUCUGGCUUCUCCCUUCUACCUCAAAAGGAAACAUAAUUAUGGGGAAAACAAAUGAGAAUUUGAAUUUUGAUGUGAGGGUUUACAAGGUUAAUCAACUGAGCAAUACUUCUGACCUGAUGCCAAAAUUAACAAAAAGUCCAAAUUUCAUUUUGUAAAAUGCUCAAAAACAUAUUUUAACCAAUAAAAGUAUGCCAGAGACAUUUCAUUUGAAUGGCCACACUCAUUGUACUUAAUUCACAGUCUCAAAAGUUAGAAGAACUAUUAUAAGACUCCACCAGUCACUCUGUGGGAGUGAAGGGGUUAAUGCCUAUUAAUUUUUUAGCUGUAGAUUUUAGUCACAGGAAUUUAAUUACAUUUUUGCAAGGUGAUUAACAGUUUCUUCACUUGCUGUUCUACAGCAGGGUGGCUAUCAGAUGCCAUCUUCAUAUCAAGCACAGGGAGGUUACCAACAACAAGGGGGACCUCCUCCUCCGUACACACCAAGUGUGAGCCCCAUGUCGCAGAUAAACCAGCAGAUGGGACAGAUGAUGCAGCCAAACUCCAUGAACCAGCCAGUUCCGGCGCAAAUGAACCAAACAAUGGGUCCACAGAUGGGUCAGAUGACACCCAUGGGACCAGUAAACCAGAUGUCACAGAUGAACCCUAUGGGACAAAUGUCUCAAAUGUCUCAGGUCUCACAGAUGUCAUCAAUGAACCCAAUGUCCCCGGCAGGAAUGUAUGGAUCUCAUAUGUCCCAAGCUAGAGCAGGUUCAAUGUCGAGAAGACGAAAAAGCCAACUUCAGUACCAAAGCUCUCCCAUGGCAAAUGCCCUAUCUCCUCCACUCACCCCUGUAGCGACGCCCAGCACUUACAUGAGCAUUAGUGACAUCAGUGGUAAUCCUCCUAACUGUUAUGAUAUUAAACCCCAAAUUGUUCCCAACACUGCAUCGCCCCAGAGCUAUGAGGACAUCAAGCCUCCUAGAUUAAAUAGUAAGUAGGCAUAGUACCACUAUAUUACCAUAAUUAUUACCAUAAUCUGGGUCCAAAAAAUAGUUUACCUGGAUUGAACGUAGCCCCAGUAUCCAGAGGCUGUGUAAUAGUGGAAAUAUUAUACCCACAAUAAAAAUGGCAUGAGAUUUCACCCCCAGUUUCAGUAAAAUGGAUGCAUCAGGACACUGAUAUAAUAACUAUUAUGACAAGCAAUCUUUCCAUUCCCUUGGCAAUUUCUUAUACGGGAGCAGGUUCCACUGUGACAACUGAAAUUUUGAAAACGUGUCAGUCUAAUAUCUCACAAAUAACCAUCUUGUAAGUUCUUUGCACAGUGGCAGAGUUAUUCCGCUUAAAUGCCUGUCUGCUUCACCCAGCACUAUUUCAUGGAAUAUAAUUUACUCCCUUAUUUCUACAGAUGAAACUGAUGUAAUUCGUUUAACUUUCCCUGUACGAGAUGGAAUAGUCCUUGCUCCUUUCAGACUGGAGCACAAUUUAGCAGUUAGUAACCAUGUGUUCCAUCUUAGAGAUUCAGUCCACCAAACACUGAUGAUGAGGUAAUUAUUAAAAGUACACAGGUGUAAAAAUUCUGAAACAGGCAGCUGCAUGGCCUAAGCAGAUCCUGAGUAGACUAUAAACACAUUAAAGAAAAAAUGGCCACUCUGGGGUUUUCAAACUUUCCCUUGAUGUGUAGUGCAUUCAAAGCCACUGUGAGGCAGCAUGGCCGAGCGGUUAGGGUUCUGGACUUGUAAUCCAGGGACCCCAAGUUUAUGGUCUAGCCAGAUUUGUUCUUGGUACACCAGAGCUCAAAUCUUCUGCCAAGCCUGUAAAAUAGCCAACUGGUUCACCCGCUACCAGUUGGGAUUCUUAACCAUGUUAUUAGACUUGCCACAAGUCAACCUCACGAGUUUCUAAGCCAGCAGAGCAAGCUUUUUUGGCCAUGAAGUGGCCAAGCGAGCGACUAGAGGUUGACCUUCAUUUCGUGCCAUAUUAAAUCAGACAAAGGGUUUUUUUUUUCAAGUCUACCAUGUUAUGUUCCUUCCGAAUUAUUUAUUUCGUAAUUCAUGAAAAGCCAAAAGGGAAGAGACAAACAAUCCUUUGUUUAUGUCACCUAAUAUUCAAUGAUGUUUGGAAUUUGGCUUGAACAAUCUUCACCUUUUGUUGCAGGCCUGAUCUUGAACUUCAGUUUAAGUGUUACCAUCAUGAAGAUAAACAGAUGUACACAAAUUGGCCUGCAUCAGUCACUGUCAGUGUCAAUGCUAAUCCUCUUGGCAUUGAAAGGGUGAGUUGAUUAGAUCCUUAGACAGCCAGGUUAAUGAGGGUGAGCUUUCCAUUUGCUUGGCUGAUAAGUUCAGUGUUAAAGAGAAGUCAAAAUCAGUAUUAAUCAAGACUAUCCAGUCAGAUCGUAGUCUCGAUAAAAGUAACCAGAAAGUGCUCUUACGUUUGUGAGUAAAAACUACACAAGUGUAGCUGUUUUGGGGUAAAUAAUAUACCAGAGGUUGUUCCGAUUUCCAUCAGCUUUGCUUUCUUUUUGCUGUCAGAUAGAAACCUCAACUUUGCCUUCCUGUGACCUGUUUUAUAGAUGCCUCACUCAUAUGAGCCAAGAGUAGAACUCUAUGAAGUAGAACAGACUGCAAAUAAAUCCUGCUUAAGGGGGUUUGUCACUGCUGCAGAGACCUCGUCAUGUUUUCCAGUGUGCACUCAAGACGCUUAGAGUUUUGUUGUUGUUGUUGUUUGUUUGCUUUGUUUUGUUUCAACCAAAGAGAGCUAGAGAUGUUAGGAGGGAGGGAUGUUUAUAGGCUAAGGUGUCCUCUUUAGUUGAUGUUGACCAUUUCAGAUGUAAGAGGGUGGUUCGUUUUAGCAACAUAGUGCAACAUGUGUCACUGAAAAUAUUCCUUUAAUCUUCAUUACAGCAAGGAGAUAACAAAACAUCGCACAAACCUCUUCAUCUCAAGAAUGUCUGUAAACCUGGUCGGAACACCAUACAAAUUACAGUUACUGCAUGCUGCUGUGUGAGUACAACACUCUAGUUAACAUUGCUGUUUGCAUAUCUUUCAAUGGUACCACAUGAUAAUCGCCUUUGUAGAAAAAUGCUGAGUUUUAUUUGAUUGCACUAUGUAGGUCUCUAAGACCCAAGGACAAUAGAGUACUAAAGUGUGACAUCAUAAAAAAAUUAAAUCUGUUAAAUUAUGGGACUUUUCGGAGUAUUAUGAAAGAACAACAUCAAAAGGCCCACUUGUUAAAAAUUAGCAUUCCAGGGCAAGUUGUCUUUGAGAUAUUAGCCCAGUUAUGUUCUGAUGACUCCAUACAAAUCCUUCUAAAUUUGACUCAGUUCAUAACAUUAGGAACCGAGUCAAAUUUAGGAGGAUUUGUAUUGAGUCAAUUUGCCCCACAAUGCUAGUUUUUGGCAAGUAGGCCUUUCAGAUGGUUGUUCUUUCAAAAUGUCCCAACAAAUCCCAUAAUGUCAAAAAUUUAAUCUUUGUGACAUCAUCACUUUAAUAGUUACUAUCACACAGCCUCUUUGUUGAAUGGCUGCUUUCUAUGCACUAAUUUUCAUUGGUACCUAUAUUCUGCAUUUCCUCAUAAUUAUUGUUUUGUUCUCAGUGUCAGAGGCAUUUUCAGCAUUCUCUGAGAAUUCUUCUCUCAAAGUAACAAUGAGCCGUCUUGUAGGCACUGAGGCCCUCUUUAUGAUGGAGAAAAGUUGUGCCCCAGAGUAGAAGGCUGACCAUUCUACUCGGGACAGAUUUUCUCGAAGUAAACAGGGCCUGAGAGGGUGUCAAAUGCCCCUACAUUGAAGUAUUUGGUGCACUUUAUCAUUCAAACUACUUUAGUUUUAUUUAAGGAGUAAAAGAGUGAAAUGUACUGAUAUACAGUGUGUUUUUUUUUUAGUCGCACCUUUUUGUUCUUCAACUAGUCCAUAGACCAUCUGUCAGCUCAGUUUUGCAAAGCUUACUCCGGAAACGACUACUUCCUGCGGAACAUUGUAUCAAUAAAAGUAAGUGAGGCACAAUUUAAAUUAUGCACUGGUAAAUUGGAGCCAUUGUACUACAUUCUGUACGGUACCUGUAUCUGUUCCUGAAACAUUUUGCAGGUUUUACUAUAGGUCAUAUGAUUACUGAGUCUCUUAAAGUUUGGAAGAAUCUGAUUUUCAAUGUAAAUAAAGAUAUGACUGUCGCAGUUGUAAUUGCAAUUGAAGCAAUUACAAAUCAAGCACCCCCCCCCCCCCUUCCCAGCCUAGAACAAAAAAAAAUUGGGGGUUUCAGGGGGAUGUGAACCUAUGGCCUCCUUGUUAGCACCGCAUUGCUUUACCAACUAAAGAAGGAAGCCCCUUACCAGCGUGCAAAGAAAGUCGUGUCCGAUAGCCUGGGGCAAGUGGAUUUUGCUAUCGGGCUAGUGAUUUUUGUUCUUAACUUGCCCAACGGGCAAGUGCUGUUUUUUGGGGAAAUUCAAAUUACAGAAGGAUUGUAAUCAAUCCUGCUAAUCAAAAAGGGUUUUGGGGCUAGUUGAAAUGACUUCUGGGCUAGUACAUGCUAGUUACAGCUUGCCCGAAUGACAGGCUGUAUAACUGACUUUCUUUGCACCCUGCUUACAAACCAGUUCGUUGAGUAUUAACCCCUGAUUUUACACCAGAGAGACAGAGGGUCAUUGUUUUCUUUGUGAAACGGUACGAUACUUUGUGAAUUAACCUUUCUUUGUUUGUAUUAAUCAACAGUAAAAAGAAACUUCUCAUUAUGUUCGUCUGCUGGUGGCGCUACUGAUGAUAGUGUGGAGCAAACGGCCAUCAAAGUUUCCCUGAAAUGUCCUAUAACCUUUAGAAGAAUAACUCUGCCAGCCAGAGGCCAUGAUUGUAAACACAUUCAGGUAAACUGAAAUAGCUGUUUUUUGUCUGACAGUGUCCUUUCUGUAACUCUCGGGCAAAGAAAAUAUCCAAAAAAGUGUUCAAAAACUUUAGCUUUUGUUUUCUAUUCUUUUAGUGUUUUGACUUGGAAUCCUACUUGAGACUCAACUGUGAAAGAGGAAGUUGGAAAUGUCCGGUUUGUAGGUAAGUUUUGAAUAUGCAAUCAUGGGAAAUUGAAGGGUGUUUUGGCAAGAAUUCAAAUGGAUUAAAAAAGGUUAUUGUAUUUAAAAAGUGUAUAAGAAAAAUAGCAAACAACAAGAGAAUUAAUUUUAACUUUCUUCAGCUGUAUUGGAACACCUUUUACUGAAAUCUUGAGGCCAGCUAUUUGUUGAACAAAACUAUCCAUUAUAUACUUCUAAUUUAAUUUGUUUAUUUUUCUGUCGUUUUGCAGUAAAGUUGCCCUUCUGGAAGGACUGGAAGUUGAUCAGUUCAUGUGGGGAAUCCUCACAGCUUCCAGGUGGUUGCUAUUGUUGCCUUAUUACGAAUAAGCUGUUUAUUUUGUUAUAUACCCGCAUUAAAGAACUUGAGUUUGGUUUCCGUGAUCUGUAAGGGUCUGCAACCAACAUUCAGGGACACGAACGACAACCAGUCUGCGUCAGGUCUACCCUAGAUACCAGAGACUUCUCAAGCGCGGUUUCCGGUUUCUGUCAAUUCCUAAUGGUGACCCUCGCGUAGCCUGUUACCAGGCUCUCAGAUGGUAGGGAUGACGCGUAAGUGAAAGGGACGCGAAAAUAUGAGAGCGUGAUCGUGCUCGUGCUUUCUUAAUUCCGUGGAUCCGACUAUCUCGGUCCUUGGAACAGGCUACCGCGAGAAGGAGACACGCGUGUCACCUUCCUCGCCGUGGCGAUUUUCACGCGCGGUCGCGUAUAUCGGUCGCUCAACCAUCCCAGGACCACUCGGCGUCUAAUCGUGUCAGAGACCGCCACAGACCGUUACAGGUUGUAUCAUUUUAAUCCAGGCUGAAAAGAUGGCUGAAGGGGUUGUAUUUUAAUAAAUCGUAACUCAACCCAGUAGUGAAAUAGAUAAAACUGCACUGCUCUAAAAGCACCUACGUAUAAUCUCCCUAGACACUAGGUUUCUAGGAACUUCAUGAAACAGUUUAAUAAAAACUUUCUUAUCUUUGUUGCAAAUGCUGUAUUAACCAAGCACUUCCUUGUUUAAAAUCAUGUUUAAUUUCAAACUAUGAUUUGUCUUCACUUUACCUCAAGUGUAUUAAUUUAUUACCACACCAACUGAAUUAUGAGGACACUCUACACUUUCUCCACACUUAAGUUAGCUGGCUGUAUUUUAUUUCAGUACUGACGUAGAAGAAGUAACAAUCGAUCCAAACAGCCAGUGGAAACCAGUAGCGGUUAAACAAGAACCUAAAGAUGAGGAGUGCCAAGGUCCGCAGCCAUCGAAAAAACCACGCCCGUCACCACCUGACUCGCUGCCACUGUCUGGUGUCAGGACACCAACAUCUCAGAUGUCCAGUAGCAGUGGACACUACUCGCCAUACCAGACACAGCCGCCGUCUAAUCCUCCUAUGAGUGCACCCACUCCUCCUGGACGCACACCUCCUGAGACACACAGUUCAUCUGUUGGAGCUGGACAGUUACAGGAGCACAGUGGCAGUACUGCAUCAACUGCUCAGGCAGCAACACCUCAUAAUGGUGAGUUGUUUCAAAAACCCACCUCCGCCCUCUCCAUGAAAACCUGCAAAAAAGACUACGUGCUCUGUAUUGUGUAAUUAAUGGCGUGGUUGAUUAAUUGCAUGAGAAGUUCUAAGCUCACGCUUAUGUAAUCUUUUGGGCCAGUCUGUUGAGAAGGACUCCUCUUAAUCAAUGCUGUUUGUGUUUCGUAAUGGUUGCCUUAGAAUGGGGAAGUGAUAAUUCACUUCCGUAAAAAAUAAAUAAAAUAAGUAAAAACUUGACAAAUGCGUUGCGUUUUGUGCCCACUUCUUCUUGAUUAUUAUCCUUCGUGGGUCUCUCCACCCCCCUGGUGUUUGGAAGUUAAGUCACAGGCUCGAAUACCGGCGGUAGGGAUUAGCUUGCGUAGCUAGCGGGAUUAAAGGGCGAUUGCUGUAGUUUUCUGGGGGCGUGAAGAUUUUUCUCCCUCGGAGUCGUUUUUGUCUCUUCACGUGUUCCCUCCCCAACAAUUGCUUGAGGAGACAAAAAUGGCUGCGAGGCUCUGUCACCCAGAAAGUACCCCGAGCACAACAAUCCCGCCAGCUACGCAGGCUAGGUAGAGACGGACGGAAGAUACCGUAAAAUUCCGAAAAUAAGCCCUGGGGCUUAUAUUUUUCAAAGGCCCUUUUUGAGGGGCUUAUCUAUGGAGGGAAAUUUGCGUUUGAAAAUCGAUUGGGCUAGCCUUAUAGUUGGAAGGAAAUUGACCGUUUUUGCGUUAUUUUAGUUUGUAUUUGAGGGCAAUUUCCAAGAACAAGCCCCCGGGGGGGCUUAUAUUCGGAGGGGCGAUUUAACGGAGGGUUUUUUGCGUUACGAGUGUGGGGGGCUUAUAUUUGCAAGGGCUUAUACAUGGCGGGGCUUAUUUUCGGAAUUUUACGGUAUUCUCUUCGUCUAACAUGGCGAUUAUCUUUUUCAAGUUACCACUAUAUGUGGAUCUACUCUUCAGGGAAUUUCUUCCUAGUUUUAACUUGAUACCUUUUGGCACAUUUUUGCAGCUGAUAAAAUGACUCCUAGUCCAGUGACCAGUCAAGCCACAACGCAAAAUGCUAAUCAAAGCCGAGGUCCCGCGACUCCUCAGACUCCAGGGAGUCAUAAUAGCCAGAAGGGGACCACGGAUAGGCCACAACACCCAUCAGGCCUUCCUCAGGCUUCUGGAGCUGGGAACACUGAUACGACGGCGCCCGACUUGGAAAGCGAUAACCUCCCAGAUGAGUUUAACUUCGAUGUACUGGAGAGCGACCAUGGCGGAGGAACAGAUGGAGUGGAAGGCGCUUUAGAUGUAAGUUGUUUGUUUGUGUAAUCAUUUACAGGAAGGCCGAGCGCUACGUAGCCUACCCUGUAUCAGUAAUACGAUGAAAUCAAAAUGAUUUACCUAUGUGAUUGUGUUUUUCUGUGAUCAUUUUGGAAGUAACCUUGCAUCAGAACGAAGGUGAUACAGGUCGUUUUGAUGCAAACUCAAGCAGUGACAUUGCUCAACAAUUUGAAACUCUUAAUUUUUAGUUAUCACCUGGACAAGAAAAACAUAUGACUUGAAUAGUCCUCGUUCUAUAAGCCAACUUCGCGAAACUAUUUAUACCUCGGCUCAAUUGACUUGUAUCGAAACUUUGUAUCGAAACGACCGGUAAUCAUGCAAGCGCAUCUGAAACUGGAGCUGUCAUAAACAACUGGAGUUUCUGUUGCUAACCGUUUUGGAGCUUUCUCUUGUUAACGUUUGACUCUACCCGGGAGCGAGUCUGGAGUUAUAUUAAAGAGUUCCCAGUUUUGAGCCCCCAUACAUUCGUUUUUGCCACUGCAACUUUGAAGUGCAUUCAGCACCAUGUUGCCGUUGUGCUUAUUCACUUAUCGGCUUACCGUUCAAUUUUCAGGUCUUACCAGGUACCCUCGACCCAGAAGAACUUUUUAGCUACUUGACGCCGUCCGACAUGCCCAGCGAAGACAUUCUCUCCAUGUUUGAGUAAUAUAAUAUGUGGCUAUUAGUCAUUAUUCAAAAUAUUAAAGAACCAUACUGAUUCAGGGUUUUUUUACUUUGCUUCUUGCAAGUAAGACAUAGUAAUAUACAUCUUAAAGGAAUAUAUUUGUAGUCAGUGUAUCUCCUGUAUUGGGUGUCUUAAUCGCAUAGCGAAGAGUUAUCCUUCGUCGAAUUUAGCUGUAUUCACGUUAACUAUUAGAAGCGUGUACUUUUAAGUAAAAAAUCGCCACCUUAGAAACAACAAGGAAACUGAGCGGAGUUAACUUUCGCUAUGACCCCUGGGACUCCCACAAGGGACGGGUGAAAAAAACAGCCAAUAGCUGACUAGCGCAUCUCGAGGAACAAUCCCAGAAGCAAUUGCGGGACGCAUUUCUGCUCCAAUCCACUUUCGUUUCCAAAGUGGUGAAUGCACUUUUAUUAACGAUCGCUCCUCGGUUUACAGUUCCAUUGUUUGACAGUUCCUUAAUCUUGCUGUACCUCUUUUACGUGAUGUUUUUAUACAUUUCGCCUUUUUAAUGAUGUGUUUAAGCAUGAACAGGAGAAAACAGUGAUCUCAGAUAAGGCGUUGUUUUUAUCUUGUGAGCUAACGGGACGUGUAUAUUGAACCGAUGCAACAAAAUGUAUCUUAGAACAGAGCUCGUGAAACUGUGAUUUAUGGGUCAAACUCAGGAUUAAUGAUAUUAUUAUGCAAAGGACAAAUUAAUUUGACUCUUGCGUUAUGUGAAUAAUACAAAGAACGUUUUUAACCAUACACAAUGGUGUGUUAUGGACACAAAAGAAUUAUGAUUCCAACAUUUGGAAUUCGUUUAGUAAAUGCUAUAAUAUAUGCAUAAAUAAAUUAAAGAUUGUUACGCCUCUAACUGUAAACAUUUAGUAGUAUUCAGUUCUAAUAGUUCUUUUUUAUCAUUGUUAUUAGAGGGAUGUAUCCGUUUUAUUUCAGGUAGGGAGUCUAAAAGAUGUAUGAGACACAAAAGUAGUGAAGUAGUAUCAAGAUAUCGCCAGAGUAAUUUUAGUUACGUAAGAGGUGGCUAGAGAUUGAUUGGCUGGCCAAAUGUAGUUGCGUAUUGAAUGUUGUUAUAUAGCUGGAAAUUUUUUUCCAACAGCGCGCGCUCUCAUUGGUUACUUCGAGGUCACAUAACAUCUAACAAUGAAACUGUUUCCCGCCAAAAUCUCUCUGCGGGUAUUAAACGUUGCAAAAUCUAUGACGUCAGAGGGUAGCAGUGCACUGUUACCCGCGAAUGUUGACCGACGACCGCCGUUAUAGCGAGGUUUCAUGAAUUUCUGGUUUCAAAAUGUCCAGCUAUGUAACAAAUCACUCAAAGACUGGUCCCGAGGGAAACAUUUAACUUUGUUUCGAGAUUCUCGGGAAACAAAAUUAACUGUUUCCCUUCGCACCAGUCAUAAGUGUAUAUUGUUUUACUUUCCAGUCUUCUAAAGUAAUUUUGUCGUCGACCAGCAUACCCGUCCGCUUUAUAUUUUUCGCACUUUUCCAUGUUCUCUUGGUAAAUACAUGCUUGCAGAAUACACUCGACCAAAGUGUUCGCUAGGAAAAUCCCGAUUUGAUACCAACAUCCUUUUAUAAAGUGGAUGUAGGUUAUCGAAUCCUUAAUGCAAAAUCCGUUUUGGAUCUCGUAAUUGUUGAGAAAUCUGAAUUGGAAUUUGAACCUCCAUAUCUUGCGAGUAGGUUCAACGGAUGACGCUUUUAUUGUCGUUUGUUUCCUUGCUUCCCACAAGUUUUUGACUUUUGAUAUUUAUUCUACAGUUGUUCUUACAAAGAUGUCUUUGCUUUCAGUUUUAUUUAACUCCGA